UAAAACAAAAAAAUGUGAAAAUGAAGUGUUUUUUUUUCGUGCUUCCUUCGUUCUUCAUCCCCUACUAAAUACAGUGUACGCAUAAUUUCUCUCAGCUACUACUAAAAGAUACCUUUAGGCUUGAUUUCAUCAUCUAUUUGCCGCAUAUUCUUGAUCAAUAUCCGUAUCAAGCUCUUUGGAAUUCCCGCAAAGUGUAUUCCAGUCUUUAUUACCUUCAAAGGGAAUCGUUUUAGGAACCAAUGCAUUAGCUCUUCAUAUGUUUUUAAAUUGUUGUUGUUUCCGUCACGGCAUCACCCGUCGCAUGAUUGCUCCUAAUAUUACUUUCUUAAUCCACAUGUGAUCGAACCAAGGACGGCUUUCAAGAAGGUCAGAAGCAGAAGCUGGCAUUGGAAUGUCACGUAUUCACGACAAUUUUGUGCAAACAUCAAUGAAGUGACAUUGUUUUACUUAUUUACAAUGAAAGCUGCCGAGGAUCAUUCUGGGAUAUUCUCACAGAAUACCUUUUCUUGUUCACUCUUUUAGUGUUCGAUUGUCUUCAGUGAAGGCAAGAUUGUCACCAUAUUCUCAGCGCUGACCUGGCAUUUCUCAGUAUAAAAGUCGAAUUAGCAGGAAGACGACCUAUCAAGGAAACACAGAACAGAAAAAUAUGAAUUAUGAAAACUAUGAUCCUUCUUUCCCUGACCAACCAGUUGUUGACCAAUACCUCCCCUUAUGGUCUCGCCUACCAGCCUUUAGGUCCAAGCCAGCCUUCAUUUGGCCUGAAGAUGGCUCGACCAAUUUAAGCAAGGGCUCAACACUAACCUAUGCUCAGCUCAAUGAUUCAGUGCAGGCCAUUUCUUUUCAGCUACUCCUCUCAUUACAAAGAGGUGACACUGUAAUCGUUUUAUGCUCACCCGGGUUAGAGCUCGUUGAGAUCAUUUUUGGGUGUCAAAGAGCCGGCCUUUUGGGCGUGCCCAUAUUCCCACCAGACCCUUCUUUUUCCGAAGACAACUAUCACCACCUAGUCAGAGUUCUCUCCCAGACAAAGCCAAAAGCUGCCAUUGCUCACCAUGAUUAUAUCACAAGGGUUCAGCAAUAUCUCUCUUUGCCCUCUAAAGACGAGAGGCUUGCAGAGUUGUUACAAAACCUGAGGUGGAUUUCUAAUGAAGAUGUCAAACAUAAAAACGUAGAUUCUAGAGUGGGUUCUACGUUUUAUAACGGUUGCAAACCUGAUGAAAUUUACUUGAUUCAAUACACCUCAGGUGCAACAGGGAUCCCAAAGCCAGUGCUUGUGACUGCUGGAUCAGCAGCUCAUAAUGUUAGGACAGCCAGGAAAGCUUAUGAUUUACAUCCAAAUAGUGUUAUUGUCUCUUGGUUACCUCAGUACCAUGAUUGUGGCCUAAUGUUUCUGUUAUUGACCAUUGUAUCCGGUGCAACAUGCGUGUUAACAUCACCGGGAGCAUUUGUUAACCGCCCUAGGCUAUGGCUCGAGCUAAUUACAGAGUUCAAGGCUACUUGUACUCCAGUUCCAUUAUUCACCUUGCCACUAGUCGUGAAGCGUGGUGGAGUUGAAAAAAGAAGCUCACCUAUCAAUCUAUGGAGCUUGAGAAAUCUCAUUAUCAUCAAUGAGCCCAUUUACAAGGCAUCAGUUGAAGAAUUUCUUCAGGUGUUUAAGCCUUUUGGACUAAACCCAUCGUCAAUCUCUCCAUCUUAUGGCUUAGCAGAGAAUGGCACAUUUGUUUCCACAGCAUGGAGAAACAAUAACAACUCUGGAAACUCCUGUUUUCCUAAUUUUCCUUCUCACAACAAGCUCUUACCAAGUGCAAGACUUGCUAGUGACGAAGAAGAGGACAUGAACAUUAUUGUUAUAAAUGAGGACACUCAUGAGCUUGUUGAGGACGGAAUGGAAGGGGAGAUUUGGGUUUCAUCUCCAAGCAAUGCCUCUGGUUACCUGGGCCAUCCUUUCUUGACUCAAUUUAUAUUUAAAGCUAGACUUAGCAACAAGGUUGCGCGGUGCUUUGUCCGAACUGGAGAUAGAGGAAUUGUGAAAGGGGAAGAAAGAUUUCUCUUCGUGACAGGUCGUUGCGUAGACGUCAUUAAGCUCCCAAACGGUCAGGAUAUGCACCCUCAUUACAUAGAGACCGCUGCUUAUAAUAGUUUCCUACAGUUUAUUAGAGGAGGUUGUCUCGCUGCAUUUGAUAUUUCAAGCAUAAUCGUUGUUGUUGCAGAGAUGCAGAGGAGUGAAAAAGAUAAUAAGAUUUUGAGGAACAUAUGUGAAAGAAUCAGAGAAACUGUUUUGAAUACAGAAAAAGUCGAAAUAGGGAUGGUCGUUCUUGUCAAAAGUGGAAGUGUUCCUAAAACAACUUCAGGUAAAAUUCAAAGAUGGGCGGCAAAGAACAAUCUUCUAGGAGGUAAAAUGAAUAUUCUAAUGGAAAUGAAGUUUGAUAACAAUGGGGGUUUGUUACCACCCCCAGGGGAAACGGUAAUUGCAAGUUUUGGAAGAGGUAGGCAAGGUGAAGAGGGAAGAGCACUAAGACUAAGAGCUGAAGAGAAAGAAAAGAUUCCUUUUUCUUUCUCAAGUGCUUCAAUUGUUCGUCCUAGGUUGUCUCGAUUGUGA